AUGGGUUUCUGUAGCAAUGGCAGAGAAGAGAGUGAAAUAUAUCACGCUCAAAUCCACCUGUACAAACACGUGUACAACUUCGUGAGCUCUAUGGCUCUCAAGUGUGCCAUGGAACUAGGAAUAGCGGACGCAAUCCACGGCCACGGAGAACCCAUGAGCAUUUCUGAGUUAGCCUCUGCACUGAAACUGCACCCUUCAAAACUCUCUGUCCUCCACCGAUUCAUGCGCCUUCUAACACAUAAUGGGUUCUUCGCCAAAACAACAGUGGCGUCACAUGAAGGAGCAGGAGGAGAAGAAACAGUGUAUGAUCUCACCCCUCCUUCCAAGCUUCUGAUCCGAAGCAAGUCAACGUGUUUGGCUCCUAUUGUUAAGGGCGCGCUUCAUUCGAGUUCCAUCGAUAUGUGGCACUCCUCCAACAAGUGGUUCACUGAGGAUAAGGAACUCUCACUGUAUGAGAGUGCCAACGGUGAGAGUUUCUGGGAGUUUUUGAACAAAACCACUGAAUCUGAUACGCUUAACAUGUUUCAUGAAGCCAUGGCAGCAGAUUCUAGAAUGUUCAAGAUGGCUCUGGAAGAGUGCAAGCAUGUGUUUGAGGGAUUGGGUUCCCUUGUCGAUGUGGGAGGUGGAACUGGUGCUGUCACGAGUCUCAUCAAUGAACUCUUCCCUCACAUGAAGUGCACGGUGUUUGAUCAACCACAGGUUGUGUCCAACUUGACUGGAUCUGAAAAUUUGAACUUUGUUGGUGGGGAUAUGUUCAAAUCCAUCCCUUCAGCUGAUGCUGUUUUACUCAAGUGGGUUCUGCAUGAUUGGAACGACGAGCUCGCAGUGAAGAUAUUGAAGAACUGCAAAGACGCUAUUUCAGGGAAAGGGAAAGAAGGAAAAGUGAUAAUCGUAGACAUAGCAAUUGAUGAAGCAAGUGAUGAUAGUGAAUUGACAGAGUUGAAGCUGAACUAUGACUUGGUGAUGCUCACUAUGUUGAAUGGAAAAGAAAGAGAUAGAAAUGAAUGGGAAAAACUUAUUUACGAUGCAGGCUUCAGCGGCUACGACAUCACCCCUAUAUGUGGCUUCAAAUCUCUCAUCCAACUUUAUCCUUAAUAACAUAUUUCAAGCUGUUGCAAACAAUG